GAAAAUAAUUUCAAUUAAAACUAGCAAACAUGUAAAAAUUUAAGUUAACAUACAUAAUUCAAUACAAUAUAUAAUUAAAUUGAAUAAAUGAAGACAGAUAUAAAUAUCAUAAUAAAUAGCAUUAAUACAAACGAAUCAAUAAAAAAUUAAUAAAUAAAAACACUAUAUAGCUCACUUCCAUCAAAAAAUACAUAAGAAAGUACAAAAAAAAUCGGACAUAUAUAUAAAGAAUAAGAAUAAUAUUUAAUCCAAACAAUAAAAAAGAACGAAAAUAUAAAAGAAAUCAUUUACAAAAAAUUUGGUGGAGAGUAAAAAUUUAUCGAAUAAUUAUAAAAAGAAAAUAAUAAAGAAUUUUAUAUAACAGCAUUAUAUGAAAUUUUAGAAAUAAUAAACAGAUAAGAAAACAAUAUAAAGUAUUCUUAAGAAACUCCAAAAAAUAGAAUUUCUUCAUUUUAAAAUUCUAAUUCUCAACUAAAAAACAAUAAUUCAUCUUCUAAUAAAAAUAUAAAAGAAUAUUAAUAUUAAAUUGUGGAUUUAUAAAAAUAAUUACUAGAAACAAAAUAAAAAUAUGAGCAAGAAAAUAAAAGAAAAAUUGAAUUUUUAAAGAAUAAGAAAAGAUCUUUCUAAAAUUCUCACUAAACUUCUUUUUCAUAGCCUUAUUUUUCAGAAGAAAUACCUAUUUUAGAUUUCGAUUAAUCUUUUUUUAAAGGAUUAGAUGCUAAAAUUUCACAAUUUUAAAAUUAAAAUAAUUCAAAAAUAUAAUCAGUUUAAGAAAACUCACAUAUAGACUAAAACUAUAAAUAAGCUUAUUUAAAAGAAUUAUUUUUUCCUAAAGAGACUUAUUUUUUGAAAAUAAAAACUAAAAUUAAUCAUUAUAUCAAUAGAAAAACAUCAAAAAUUAAACUGAAAAUUUUUAAUCAAAUUCACAUCA